UUAUCAGUAAAACGUAGUUUUAUGAAUAAAUUCUAAAGCAAAAGAAUAAGACAUUUUGGAAAUGCAGAGAAAGAUAAAUAAAUCUAUAACUCCCACUACUCGACAAAAGAUGGCGCUGUACUCAAUAUCCAAACAUCACUCGAUACCUACUACUUGCACCCCGCAGCUCGCACUCGGCCCCGGUGUACACAUGCAGCUCCCAGUCGCGGCCCACGCGCUGGGCGGACUUCCGCUCCGACAUGAUGCGCGCGCUGCGACGCCGCCCCUUUGACAACACGCUCUGGUACCCCUUCGGGAUCCUCGUAGAGAACAGGUAUAUUUACAAGAUAUUGGAGACAAUGCUCCAGACGAUUCCGCUGCAUCUGCUGCACGUGGUGACCAGCAUAUGCGGAACCAAGCCACGCCCCAGCUACUCGACUCUCUGCAGUCGUCUGCAAGCAAUGAACGAGGCGCUGAAGUUCUUCGCCCUCCGCGAGUGGGACUUCGAGAGAGAGCGCGUGACGCGGCUGAGGGAGCGCCUGGCGCCCGAGGAUGCUGCUGUCUUCAACCUGGAUGUUAAAACUAUAGACUGGACCUCUCAUUGCGAGGACUUCGUGGCGGGCGCGCGCCGCUACCUGCUGCGGGAGAGAGAUGAGGAUAUCGAUAGAGCUAGAAGGAGGAUGUUCAAAUUGAAGUUGCUUCACUACGCCACACAGCUGCUGUUAGUGUACGCUGCAAGCCGGCUUGCGAUGCGCGCCACUCCCGCCAUCUUGCGGGCAGUAGCCGCACUACUGCCGGCCAGACAAGCGGGGAAUUCAUAGGAAUUAGAACUUUAUUGUAACGUAUUAUAGUUUAAUAGGAUUUGUAUUUAGGUAAAUUAGUUAUUAAAAUUCGGUGAAAUGGAUUCAGAAUCAAAUUCGUACAUAAUAUGUGAUAAUAAUAGGUGUGACACGUGGGUGUUUUGCUCAAGAAGUAUAAGAAUAUAUAUUUUUUAAUUUAUUACUAAAUAGAAAUAAGAGCAUUAAUUGUGUUGGAGAUUUUUGUAAUAUAAUGACAAUACUUAAAUAGUUUUUUGUUAAAAUAAACUAUUUUAAACUUAAAAAAAAAUGCUUUUUUUGACUCGUUUCUAACCUCCCACUUGCCUAAAAUGGAUGGAAAUAGUUUUUAUGAAGCAUUCGGCAAUUUUCAAAAAGUCGUGUAUCAUUUCCUUUGGAAAUCUUUCCAAACGAAAAAUACUUGCCUUAUUUCUUGCUGAUCUUAAUAUUUUUUUAAACAAAGUUUUCCCUAAUUAUCUAUAUUAAUUCUACUUGUAAUUUAAAACAUAUUGAUCGCGACAGGAAGUUAUUACCGCGCCGACCUAGCUGAGACCUUCCAUUGUGGACUCUGAUACUUCUCACUAACUACAUUACAAG